AUGUCCCGCUUCGUCCCCGGCGGCACGAUCGACCAGCCAAACGAGCGCGACGACGCAUGGCUGAAGGCGCAGCAAGAGAUCGAAGCCGCGCAGCUGCGGAAGGCGGAGGAGCAGAAGGGUUUCCAGGAGGGCGGGAAGACGCUGUAUGAGACGCUGCAGGCUAACAAAGCCGCGAAGCAGGAAGCUUUUGAAGAGUCGAUUCGGCUUAAGAACCAGUUCAGAUCCCUCGAUGACGACGAGGUCGAGUUCCUGGACUCCGUGCUCGAGUCCACGAGGGCGAAGGAAGCGGCCGUCCGCAAGGAGACGUCUGAGCAGCUCGAGCUGUUCAGGCGGCAGCAAGAGGACGCGGAGAAGGCGGCGCUGCGGGAAGGGACUAGCGGUAGUCCGCUGGGCGAAGAGGAACAAUGGCAUACAGGCGGUAGGAAGCGCAAGAAGGCCAACGACAAGGGACCGCUGAAGGGCGUCAAGCUCCGUAAAGCUUCGUCAACCGCCGAGAAGCCUGACAUCACUACGACGAGCGUGGCCACUUCGCCCGCUGUCGUUUCGAAGCCCGAGACCGCUCGAAACGGGUCCUCAGCUGCAUCGCCAACCGCAGCUCCUGUUGAAGCACCCGUGCCAGCUAUCUCUGCCUCGGCGGCUCCAGCUAGGAGCUCGGACACCGCCGCUACAUCACCUCCAAAGGCCCCGAGCGCGAAAGGUCCCGCUGUCUUGGGGCUUGGCGGAUACUCCUCAGACGAAGACGAAUAG